GCCGUCCAAAGCUCAAGGCUCGAAUGGAUAACUCGGAUCACUCUGAACAGAGACAUUACCUCUAUAGCAGGGACAGUAGCAUGUCCGCUCUAUGGGCUACCGCUACCGCGCCCGCGCGCUCUCCAAACUGAUGGCCGGCCAAAACCCUUCUAGGACAACACCGACAGCGCACUGGGCGGCUGAGACUGCGCAGAAAGGCGACUCUGCUCCCAUCACGUUCCCGCGCUCCGCCACAAGAGGCUUGGUCCGGUUAUCCGUCAACGUCUGUAACCGCCGUUACCGCGGUCGGUCGGUCGGUCGGCGGGUGCAUGCGCUGCUGUGGGGUUACAGCUCAAAACCACGUCAGACUCUGUGUCGGAGCUCAGGUCCGUUAGCGGACACGUCCACCGUCGCCCACAACAGGCGAUAGCUGCCUUGUCGACACAGGUCGCACGGAGAGUGCAGAGCAAGGGUAACGGGACAUUCACCUCAGGAGCUACUCCACGCCCAAUACAUGCCUCGAUGAACGUUGGGGGGAAUGACACAACAAUCCAGCGAAUAUGCUAAUUCCAAGGACAAGCAGGCUUUCGCCACCAUGUGGCGGGGUGGCGGGACUGACGCGGACUGGCCGCCACCCGACCCCCUUACACGCGGGCACGCGCUAUCGUCCUAGGAUGGCAGCGCGGCUAUUCUACCAGGUGAGGCUGCCCCUCCUCCCAGCGUAUGCGGACAUCACUAUUCGAUGGCAAUACACAGGUCCGUUUCCCAAUGUGUGAGACGUGCGCGCAAUCGCAGCUAUCUGUUCAGUCGCGAAUGUGCGCCGCGCGCUGAAGGUAUCCCGCUCUGCCUGCGUCGAGGCGCGGCGCCCGAGCAUGAGUCCCCUCCUCGACUCUGCCAUCGCGCGCGGAUAGGUUUGCGAACGCUCAGUUCGUCACUACCCCCAGGUUCUCC